AACCUGACACCAGCACACAGAUGGUGACUAAGACGGCCGUGGGUGUGGGAGUGAGUGUGGGCGUGAGUGUGGGCGUGGGGGCGGUGGCUGUGUGGUGGGUGUGGCGGCAGCGUUCUGCUCAACAUCUUCAGUUCAUGUGGGAAGAGGUGGGAGAGGUGAGUGAACUGACCAUCUACCCACUCAAAUCAGGUCGCUGUGUCAGUGUGAAUAGUGCCCAGGCCACCUCUUACGGCCUGGCUCACGGAAAACUUGAAGACAGAGUGUGGAAGCAGCAUGUGAGUGGUGUGGACUGUGGAGAGGAGGUGGCCAGUUUUCUCACUCAGUUCGUCUCGGAAGGAAGGACAAGACUCAGAUUACUGUACCGGGGAGAUGUAGUGAAGGAUAGACCAGCCCGCAGGCUUGAUUACUACGACUUUCCAAAGAGCCUGGACUCUGACAAAUUGUACUACGCGCAGAACAGUGCCUACGUAAUUGCGUCGGAGUCAUCACUGGCGGUCUUGAACUCUCGCCUAUCGGAGCCGGUCACAAUGGGCCAAUUCCGAACUAAUAUUGUUGAGGGCGCCCCGCCAUCAGACGAGGACGACUGGGCAUACGUUAAGAUUGGUUGUGUAGUCUUCAGGACGGUGAAACCUUGCCAGAGAUGUUUACUGACGACGGUGGAUCCAAUCACUGGGAAGCGACAUCCCAAAAAAGAACCUCUCAAUACUCUCCGCUCGUUUCGUACAAUAAGCGAGCCAGCCAAGUUGGCCAAAGCUUGGGCUACGAGUCCUCUCUUCGGCAUCAACAUGGCUAUUGAUGUCACAGGACCUCUCGCUGUGGGAGACAAAGUCAUUGUGGCCAGAACCUCAUCCAAUCCAGAACUAACUGUUUUCUAGAACUGGCUAGAACAGCUUUGCACACUGUGAUUAGGCCUCUAACUAAUCACAACAGCCUGUUCGUUGUUGCUAGCUAUCCAGAAAAGCCAAAACAGCUGGACAAGUUUUGCAAGUUCUCUAGACUGGCCAAAACACGUGGCCAUUGUUGCUAGCCAUAAACAUUGCAACUACUACAUUACGGACAUCACAGCUACCGCCCCACAAACAUCACAACUACCACUGUUAAAAAUCAUAAGCAUCAAAACCUCAAACAUCACGACUACCACACCAUAAACAACACAACUAAAACAUCAAAAACAUUACAACUAUCACAGCACAAACAUAUAACUACCACACCACAUACAUCACAACUACCACUCCACAAACAUAACUACCACACCAAAACAUCACAACUACCAACCCACAAACAUUAUAUCUACCAUCUCACAAACAACUUCCACAAUACAAACAUCACAACCCCCACUGUACAAACAUCACAACUACUACCCCCACAAACAUCAUUACCACACAACAAACACACCUUAAAAGCACCUAAAGUCGGUACCUGACCAGCCGGGCUGUGGCUCGUACGUUGGAUUGCGUGCAGCCAGCAGUAACAGCCUGGUUGAUCAGGCCCUGAUCCACCAUGAAGCCUGGUCAAAGACUGGGCCGCGGGGGCGUUGACCCCCGGAACUCUCUCCAGGUAAACACAAACAUCACAAACAUCAUAACUUCGACACAACAAACAUCACAACUAUCACCAAACAAACAUAACUACCACCCCACAAACAUCACAAUCUCCACACUGGGUUGUAAAGAUGAUGUAAUCAGUCCAUCACCCUCGACGAAAUAAGUUUUGAGACAGUCAGUCCCUCAGCUUCGUGAUGAGGUCUUCAUAGACUAUGGAGCACUGUGUCUAGUGAAAGUUUUCUCCAAAGUGAGGGAGUGAACACCUCAAACCUGCUUCUUCGAGGGUUGAUGGACUGAUACAUCGUCUCUGCAUCUUCCCUUCUGUUUUCUCCUCGGUGCUCGACUGGUGAAGCCUACUGUAUAACUGAAUCGUUUCGUAAUAACUAUACCUACUCAUGCCAACUACUACGCUACAAACAUAAUAAUCACCACCCCAUAAGAAUCAUAACUACCACAACAUAAGUAGCACAAAUAUCAUACACUAACCACACCAAAAAAUAAUUUUUACCACUUAAACUCUGCAGUUAACACCCCACCGUGUGGAUUAACCAGCUUUUGACUCACAGUUUCAUUGCUUUUAAAAAAACUUCUCAGUUCUUAAUUUAUUUUUUUUCUAAUUCCGUUGUGAGCAAUGAACCUUUAUUAACCACACGGCUCUACUGAAUUUAUUAUAAAUAAUUAUUUUUCCCAGGAUCAGACAAUGAGCUUAAAGCAGCACUUAGCUGUUUUAUAUGACUGAAUUAUCAACAGUCAUUCAAAAUCCCUAAAUUUCUCUAAGUGGUUGUGGCUGCUCCUUGAGUUCCAAGUCUCUGGGAUAGAUAAUAAUCUAGGAAUACUUGUAGUUCUCAAAAGAAUGUAUACUGGUUUAGAAAACCAUGGUUAGGUUAGGUAAGAAGGUUCGUCAGGAACCAGGACAAGUGUUUCCUGACGUGGGUCUUAGAUGAUGACCCGCCAUUGGAGCUUUCGGUCAUCUGACUGAGGCCUUCCGCUGGCUUACCCCUUUACUCAUUUAAAAAUUAUUGUUAUAAUUAUAACCAUUUAUCUCUAGAAAACCGACAAGUUGAAUAAAUGAUAUACCAAAUGUUG